CGAGUUACUCUCCAUAGCCUCUGCCGGCAACCCCAAGCAGAGCACCGUUUUUCCCACUCGCUUCACUUGCCCAAGGGCAAUCACGACGACCCAGAGGUGGUUGUGAUCCUUCUCUCCGGCGACUCAGCGAGUCAGACUAGUAACUGUAACUCACUGAGUUGAGAAUCUAGCCGAGUUGCUCCUAUGUAUUCCUCUACCAUAUCGGCGGCUUUGGCUUCCCAUUCGUACGAUAAGAUUGCCGAUAUCUGCGACAACCUCAUGCUCCAGGUUGCAGCAGAAGGCGUUUCUUAUCAGGAUGAAUGGCCUUAUGCGAUUCAUCUCCUGGGUCACAUUUAUGUUGAUGACAUUAACAGUGCACGGUUUCUUUGGAAAUCAAUACCUUCCUCGAUCAAAGAAAACAAGCCAGAGGUAGUUGCAGCUUGGAAAAUUGGGCAGAAGCUAUGGACUCGUGACUAUGGGGGAGUGCAUGAGGCAAUUCGUGGUUUUGACUGGAGUCAGGAGCUUAAAGGCCUUGUAGCUGCAUACUCAGAACUUUACACAAAGAAGAUGUUUCAGCUGCUUCUCUCUGCUUAUUCUACCAUAAGCAUUCAGGAUACAGCUUUAUUUCUUGGAAUGAGUGAGGAUGAUGCAACAAGUUACGUGCUACAGCAAGGUUGGGCCGUGGACCCAGCUUCUCGAAUGUUAACUGUGAAGAAGCAACCUAUUGUGACAGAGCAGAAACUGGAUCCUAGUAAAUUGCAGUGUUUGACAGAGUAUGUCUUCCAUCUUGAGCAUUAGAAUCUUUUGACCUGGUGAAGACAUAGGUGCCUCUUCGUUCAUAAUCUUUACCUUUUCUACUUCCAUCAUCCCAAAGCAGUGACUUCUAGAUAUGUUGUGUAAAGCUGCUUUAAUGUGUGCCUUUGACACUUUGUUUGUAAUGCCCAUUCUGGAUUUUCAUCUCGAAACUUAAACUUUGCUUGCAUUGCAAGUAAACCUCAUUUAUCAAUGGUAAUUAUUAACUGGGCAUUUGCUUGAGCUUAAGA